AAAAAUCUGUUAGUCACGAAUCCCAUCCACAAGGCUGCCAGCUCACUUCUACUACGCUCUAUCUCCGACGGUUCGAAUACCGAGGUGUUCAAAGUUUGUUCCCCGUGCUUUUUGAACUCAAUCGUAAUCGCUGAACUGGUAACCAGAUCCGACUCUCCAGAUGAUGCACCUUCUCCGACCGGCCAGAGCCGUCCAGUCUCUGCGCUCCACCUUCCUUCCCCGCUACUACGCAACGAACGCUAAAUACACCAAAUAUGUGCCUACCUCUGGCUCGUAUCCCAAGGGCUUCAACGUUGGCGGUAUCCACUGCGGUGUGAAGAAGGAUGGCAAGUCACUCGACCUGGCGCUAGUCACCUCCGAGCUCCCGUGCUCGGCUGCGGCAGUGUUCACGAAGAAUGUGUUCAAGGCUGCGCCGGUGGUUGCUAGCAGAGCUAUGCUCGAUGCACGCGGAGGUCAGGGCAUCAGGGGCCUGGUCGCCAACAGUGGGUGUGCGAAUGCGGUCACUGGUAAGGGAGGAAUGGAAGAUGCUGAGGCCAUGGGAAAGGCUUUGGAUCAGCUUCUGGGCGAAGAUAAGGCGGCGACAAUCGUCAUGUCGACUGGUGUUAUCGGGCAGCGUCUGCCCAUCCAGAAGAUCCUGAGUGGGAUUCCUACAGCUUUUAAAGAACUCGGACAGUCUCACAAUGCCUGGCUCUCGACUGCUAAGGCAAUCUGCACCACUGAUACCUUCCCCAAGUUCAUGUCCCGUAGCUUCACCCUUCCCGGCUCCUCGACCGAAUACCGCAUCGCGGGUAUGGCCAAGGGCGCCGGUAUGAUUCAUCCCAACAUGGCGACGCUCCUCGGGUUCAUGGCAACGGACGCACCCGUCUCGGCCGAGUCCCUCCAAGGAAUCCUCACGCACGCUGUCGAGCGCAGUUUCAACGCCAUCUCUGUCGACGGUGACAUGAGCACCAACGACACGGUAGCGAUUCUUGCCAACGGCGCAGCAGGCGGGGCGACCAUCACCGCCGGAAGCGACGCAGAAGCAGCUCUGAAGGACCUCGUCACCAAAUUCGCCGAGGAUCUCAGCAAGCUCGUUGUUCGCGACGGAGAGGGCGCUACGAAGUUCGUCACCGUUAGCGUCAAGGAUGCCAAGUCGUUCGAGGACGCAAAACAGGUCGCCUCUACCAUUGCUCGCUCCCCGCUGGUUAAGACUGCACUCUACGGACGCGAUGCGAACUGGGGGAGAAUCCUGUGUGCUACUGGUUACUCCGGCGUGAAGGGUGUUGUGCCGGAAAAGACCAACGUGUCGUUUAUUCCUACUGAUGGCAGCAAGGAGCUGAAGCUCCUGGUCAACGGUGAGCCCGAGAAUGUGGAUGAAGACAGAGCGAGUGAGAUCUUGGCCAUGGAAGACCUCGAGAUCAGGGUCAGCUUGGGAUCUGGAGGCGGCCAGGAGGCUGUCUACUACACUUGCGAUUUCUCGCAUGAAUAUGUUACGAUUAACGGAGACUACCGGACAUAACCUAGCAAGCUGGGUGGAUGGAAGUAGAGGAACGUGAUAGUCGUAAUGUUAUGGUGAUCAUGAAUUUGAGCGAGCUUCUGCAAUGUAUGUGACUAGAACGGAUUGAUGUUCACUGAACUCUCAAUUGGACGAGUCAUACCUAGUGAUAAGGCCGGGGAUCUCGAGGCGUUAUACAUGGCGUGGAUAGGCUACGGUACUAUGUACAGGCGGCGUGAACUGUGGGACGGGAAGCAUGGGAUAAACGGAUACACGUUCUCAAGUCUUCGG